CUUGAUGUAGCCAGACCAGUGCAUCUCUGAGCAAUUUUCAGAGGGUAGGCUAUACUGAAGUUCAUUCACCGUUCUGCCUACCUGAAUACAUCAGGACUGUGAAGUUUGAAUGAAGCCAACCAUGGCGAGGAUUGUCAUUGUGAUGUUUGGUUUGAUCGCUCUUGCAACAGCGGCAUAUAUUCCAGAUGGCGCAGCAGAGGUCGACUGUACACAGUACUAUCUCCCAAUUUGCACCCGCGAGUAUGAUCCUCUUUGUGGAACGAACGGCGUGGAGUAUUCCAACGAGUGCAUGCUGUGUCUCCACAACUUCGAGGCGAAGGAGAACAUCUUCGUAAACAAAAAGGGUCCGUGUUAAAUCCAAGGUCAACGACCUCAUCACAUGUCCUACAUGUCAACGUCAAGUCUUCCCUGAGGUGUACUGGUGGUUCACGUGGGGAAGCUCAUGUUAAAACAUGUUAACUAAAGAACUAUCUACCUUUCUACUGCACGCCCACUAACUGUUGACUAUUUUCCAUGGAAUCCAUGGAAUCAAUUUCCAUUAAAGACAUGUAUUUAACCUUUUAAUUUUGUGAUUUUAGUGUGGAAAACCAGAUUGACGUUUUCACUGCGCUUUAACACGUGUGAAGAUUGCCCAGACUUGCUUAGUAGGCUAGACCAAAUGGAAUAUGUUUACAAUUCUUUUAAGUACUGUUUCGUACUUCUGUAUACCCCUUUUUAAAAAUAAAAAAGUUAAACCCUC